AGGUUGAGUUGCUGAAGGCAAGGAUCGAGGAAUUGCAGGGACGACCAGCACGUCUGCCGAGGUGGUUCAACCAGUCUCCGGGAGUGACGAGUUAACAAGGUUAAGACGUGAGCAAGCAGAUAUGAAGGUCGCUGCCGACAAACGAUUUGCUUCCCUUGAAGAAGUUAUCCACGCUCUUCAGCGACAAUGUGAGGAGGCCGAGGCAAACGCGGAUGCAUGGAGGUGUGAAGCCUUGCGACCAGGCAAUAAGCGUGGCAGCAUCACCGUUGGACCUACUCCGACUACUCAGGCUAGAGUACGACCGCGAGUUACUCCGUUAGCCUCACCGGUGGUCCGAUUGGUUGACAACCAGUUGAAAGGGAUAGUUGAUCGGCAUAAGGAGGAAGUGGAACUUUUGAAAGAGAUGCGGCUCAAGGAGGUGAAAGCACGCAAAGAUUCAGAAGAGGAGGUCGAGAGGUUAAAGGAGGCUCUGGCCAAAAUGGAAAUGGAGGGUCGACCUAAGACACGAGGAACGAACUUACGAAGUCGUCUGGAUGAUGCUGCAGGUCAGCCACGUCGGGCCUGUAAUGGUGCUGUGGACGAGAUUGUUCUGCCAACGGCUAGGAAGGACAAAGGAAAAACUCCGGUUGCCACAGGGGAUCGGCGUGAUGUUUUUCUUUGUGAAACUAGGAAGGAUCUAAGGAACAAAAAAAAGGACGAGGUGCGUGUCAUCUGCGAAAAAGAAGGUGUUGAUUAUACUACCUUGGAUUGCACUAAGGAGGCAAUUGCGCAGAUAAGGUUGGCACGAGCGUUUGGGGGUAACGACGGACCUGCGAAGGGCGGUGGGGUGUCUUUGCAUGAGGUUAGUGAUGAUGGGGAGGGGAGCUCCGAUAAGGGGGAUGAGGUUGACUCAGCUGUUUCCUAGAAUCACUCCCAGACGCGUCUUAUUUGUGGAAAACAGUGCGACUUUGUUGUGAUUUGCGAUCUCGGUCUGCUAAGAUUUUGCGGAGUAAGGAUUUG